GUCCAAUCACAGCGUGUGUGCAGAUUUUAGACGCACGCUGGUAAAAGUGCAGCAUUUCAAAAGCGCUCUGGGAUAAAAACCAAAACAAAACAAAAAUAGUCCGCCGAAAGCUGUUUGUUUGGAUUUAUGUUGAAACUUACUGGGAGUUUUUAAAUUCGCUGGACGAAGUAUCAAGCCCAAGUGGAAAACAAGAUGCCUUUUUCAAGAGGAAAGAAGCCGACGGUCUGCAAAAUCCCAAAGCUCCAGUUUAAAAGCUCAGAGAAUGUGGAGGAUGGCCCUCAUGUCAAGCGAUCAUCCUCUCCUGCUCAAGGGGCUCCCAGGAAGAGAACUGCGUUUAUUGAUAUCACUAAUGCUGUGUCUCAGUGUUUUGUGAAGCUUCAGUUCGAUGCUGCUGCUGCUGCUGCUGAUGAUGAUGAUGAUGAUGUCAGGCGAGCUCACAAAGUUGAGUUUAGCAAUCCAAUAAAAAAGAAAGAUCCAACCAAGAAGGUGCAAAAGAAGACCUCUGUGACCACCAAGAACGAUGCCAACCUAAAAAUGUCGGCCUCGGUCACUUCUGAAAGUCCGCAUGAGGAACAGGAGAAGGACGAAUCCCCAGUAGAGAAACUGGAGGAGCCCCUGCCCAAAGCUCCCCUUCCUGCACACCUUCUGCCUCCACAGAUACCCCCAGAGUUUGACAUCGACUCGGAUGCUUCGAAUGACCACACACAGACACCAGAAUAUGCCAAAGACAUUUUUGAUUACCUGAAGAAAAGAGAGGAGAAAUUUGUGUUGCGUGACUACAUGGACGAUCAGCCGAGCCUGAACCCGAGCAUGAGGGCAAUUUUAGUGGACUGGCUAGUCGAGGUCCAGGAGAACUUUGAAUUGAAUCAUGAGACUCUGUACCUGGCCGUGAAGAUGACUGAUCAUUAUUUGGCUGUGGCUCAGGCCAGCAGGGAAUCACUCCAGCUCAUCGGCUCCACAGCCAUGCUGCUAGCCUGCAAGUUUGAGGAGAGGCUCCCACCUUGUGUUGAUGACUUCCUGUAUAUAUGUGAUGAUGCGUACAAACGCUCUCAGUUCAUCUCCAUGGAAGAGAGAAUCCUACAGGCGCUGAACUUCGAACUCAAUAUUCCUGUUCCUUAUCGAUUCUUACGAAGAUAUGCCAAGUGUGUGAAUGCCGGUAUGGACACUCUGACGCUGGCCCGGUUUGUGUGUGAGCUCAGUCUGCUGGAGAUGCAGUUUGUCCCUGUACAAGCGUCUCUGCUGGCCUCCGCUUGUCUACUCGUCGCCCUGGUAACCAAGGACCUGGGGGGAUGGACGCCAUCUCUGCAGUUCCACUCGGGCUACAGCGUGGAGGAUCUGGCGCCUGUGGCUCGAAAGCUCCAGCACAUGCUGAACAGUCCGUCCGACAGCAAGCUUGCCACCGUCCACAGCAAAUACUCUCACAAGGUUUUCUUUGAAGUUGCUCUGAUGCCUACCGUGAGCUCGGAGACGCUUGAGAGGUUUCUGAAGUGAGCUUGAAGAGAUCAUUUGUAAUCAAAAAACCAUGUAAAUAUUUGUACUUAAUGUUAUAUAUCUGCUCGUGUGUAAGGCAUGCGGUUAUGCAGGAAGCAUGUUUGUUUAUGUUAGGAAGUUUUCUUAGUGCAGUUUUAAAUCGCUGUAAACAGUAGACAACCCAGUGUAAUAACACACGAAUAUGUUGUUAAAAUUGUUAAACUGUAUUUUAUUGAUAAUAUUUCUAGGUUGUUGAUCAGUGUUUUAAAAGAAGUGUUCAAGUGCUGUUCUUAAAAUGUGUGUUUUAUGUAUUUGAACCAUGUUAUUAAACCAUGUAUAUGUAUUUCUGUAAAUAUAUUUUUUUCAGUAUUAUAACAA